AUGGCUACCGGCGGGAGUUUCAGUUUACAAUCUUCGUUGGAAUGGCUUCUCGAACGCUGCCCGGAGCUUCGUCAUGUUCGCCGGUUCGAAUCGUAUGCGAUUGAGGGGGCGACAGAAGAUGAAGAUGGAGUGGUGGAAAAGUUGGCAGAGGCCUUUCUGCUGCUGAAUUACACCGUUCCACUGAUGGGUUGUUUCCGCCCAAUAGCCAGAAGAAUUGUGGACAAAGCUGUGGAGUUGCUCCGGUUUGUCCCCAAUUUGAGGUCUAAUUCUGACGAUGCAAUGGAAGAAGUACACAAGGAUUACUGGAUUUUAGUUAAUGAUUCAGUUUUCGAGUACUAUAGUCGAGAAAAGAUGGGUCUGGAUCUUCAUGAGCACGCUUGUCUGGCCUUCUGCCGUGCUCUUCAUUUGGCUCCCUUUUUAUUGUGGUCUGUGUUAAGUUAUUUCGAAUUUGCACCUGCUCCAUUUCAACGUGUUUUGACAGGACAAGCAAUUUCUGAUCCGUGUGUUAAGGUUGGACAUCGCUUACUAUCUGCUGUCAGGACAUCUUACUGCCUCCUCUUAAUGGCAUCUGAGACUUUCACUAAACUUUGGGAUUGGUCCUGUUUCUUAGACCUCGUAAAACAGUAUAAAAAUCCUGAUUCUUGCAGCUGUACUGAAACAGUGGAGAUUGUUAGCGACAUAAAAUGGUGUGGGUUACAGAUAGUGUCAGUUGUUCUCAGAUUGAGUGAUAGAGCAAUUGAAAACUUGGGAGUCAAGUGUAAAGAAUCUAAAACUGAAGAAUCUAAAGAUGCACUUUUAUGUUUUUCGAGAUGGGAGAAGUUCCUCCAGGAUGUAUCAUUGGAGAAAGCUGGCUGGUACAUUGAAUCAUCCAGACAAAAUGAGUCGGCUUCCUGUAGUGGAAGCUGUGAUUUUGAUCAGAGAAUCUGUGUGCAGUCUUCUAGCUUUGAUUCCCAGCACAUUUCUUCACCACAAUUUCGUCUUGAGCCACCCAUUAGGAGUCAACGGGAUCGUGUGUCUUCUGGAAAUCCAUUUGUUUUAACAUCAGCUGUGAAGAGAAGUUUUGAGACAGUAAGAUUAGCUGUGAUUCAAAAGUGGCCAGUGCUUUUAUAUGGUCCCAGUGGCAGUGGAAAAUCCUCUCUUAUUAGCAAGUUCGCCCAGGAUAGUGGGAAACAAGUUGUAUCAAUUUCCAUGGAUGAUCAAAUUGAUGGAAAAACAUUAAUUGGAAGUUAUGUCAGUACGGAACAACCUGGCGAGUUUAAAUGGCAGCUAGGGUCACUUAGUCAGGCAGUUCUCUGUGGAUACUGGGUUGUUUUUGAGGAUAUUGACAAAGCACCCUCUGAUGUACAUUCUAUCAUAUUGCCUUUGUUGGAGGGUGUGAGCUCACUUGUAACUGGGCAUGGAGAGGAGAUACGUGUAGCAGAAGGCUUUCGAUUAUUUUCGACAAUUACAACUUCUAAACUUGAAAUAUCGAGCAGUAUACAAGGGGGGAAUUCACUCUCUGUUUUUUGGAGGAGAGUGAUGGUUGGACCGCCAAGUGUCGAGGACUUGAAAGAUAUAGUGAAAGCAAGUUAUCCAAGUCUUGAACCUAUUGUCGAGAAGCUAAUAGAAACCUUUGAUAGGGUAAAGUCUGCUCCAUUAGAUCAACUUGCUGGAUUUCAUCGCGGAAACUCUGAUUCUGCUGGUUAUCUAAGCAGGUUCUCAUUAAGGGAUCUACUUAAAUGGUGCAAGCGCAUUGCAGGUCUGGGCUUUAGCUUUGUUGGAAACAGUUUGUCAGCUGACGAGUGUCAUUGCAUCUAUCAAGAGGCUGUUGAUAUAUUUGCGGCCUUUUCAACUUCUAUUGAAAAUCGCUUGACUAUAAGGAAAGAGAUUGCCAGGCUGUGGGCAGUGCCACCAGCCAUUGGAGAGACUUUGUAUCCUGCUAAUAAACCCAUAAUUCAGGAUACACUUCAAUACAUAAGAAUUGGUCGCGUUACUCUUGAACACCAAACUACUUCACGUGCAAAAAGGAAAUCAUUUGUUGAGAUACGUAGUUCUCUUCAUUUGCUCGAGAGACUAGCUGCUUCUGUUAAGUAUAAUGAGUCUGUUCUCAUGGUUGGGGAAACUGGCACAGGAAAGACCACACUUGUACAGGAUCUGGCCCUGAGGCUCGGUCAGAAACUAACAGUUCUGAACUUGAGUCAGCAAAGUGACAUUGCUGACUUAUUAGGGGGAUUUAAGCCUAUGGAUGCUCAGCUUAUAUGUGUUCCCCUAUAUAAAGAGUUUGAAGACCUCUUCAAGAAGACAUUUUCUCUGAAGGCCAAUAGCGAUUUUCUUUCCCGUUUGCAAAAGCAUUAUGCUGAGAAGAAAUGGAAAUCGUUACUAAGUGGGUUUCAGAAAGGUGUUGAUUUUUUUCAGAAGUCAGUUCAAAAGGGAUUAGCAGAAUCUGGGAAAAAGCGAAAGAAGCCUUUGGAUGAGGAAAGAAUUAAGUCAUGGGAAAAUUUUUCUGGAAAUCUUGAAACCGCCCGUGCCCAAGUAGUUGCUGCAUCUGGAAUUAUAUUUUCAUUUGUAGAAGGGGCUUUUAUAAACGCGCUAAAAAAUGGAGAAUGGAUUUUGCUUGAUGAGGUGAAUUUGGCUUCUCCCGAGAUACUGCAGAGAGUUAUUGGUGUUCUUGAAGGAGAUAAUGGUUCACUUUGUUUGGCUGAAAGAGGGGAUGUUAAUUGCAUAUAUCGGCAUCCUAAUUUUCGUUUGUUCGCUUGUAUGAAUCCUGCAACUGAUGCUGGGAAGAGGGAUCUACCAUUUUCUUUAAGGAGCAGAUUUACAGAAUAUUUUGUUGAUGAUGUGCUUGAUGAUGAAGAUCUCACUCUUUUUGUCAAUAAAUUUUUGGGUGACAACAAAUCAGCUAAAGAAUCAGUAAGUAAGAUCGUGUGCUUUUAUAAAGCAGCAAAAAAGAAUGCGGAAGAAAGGCUGCAGGAUGGAGCUAAUCAAAAACCACAAUAUAGUUUAAGGUCUCUUUACCGUGCACUAGAAUAUACAAGGAAGGCUGAAAAUAAUUUUGGGUUCCGGAGAGAAAUAUAUGAUGGAUCAAAAGUUUCUCAGAGAGCAAUGUAUGAUGGAUUCUGUAUGUUUUUCCAGACUUUGUUGGAUAGACCGAGUGCCAAGAUAAUGGACCAGAUGAUCUUGUCUUAUUUACUAGGGGGGAAAGGUCCACAUCACGUACCUUUUGAUGAUUAUUUGCCUUCCAAAAGUGAUGCAGAUGCUGAUGAAUUUACAAAAAACUAUAUCUUAACUAAAAGUGUAAGGGAAAAUCUACGAAAUGUGGCACGUGCUAUUUUGAUCAGAAGGUAUCCUGUACUCUUGCAGGGACCCACAUCUAGUGGAAAAACUAGCCUUGUUCGGUAUCUUGCGGCUCUAACAGGUCAUAAAUUUUUUCGAAUCAAUAAUCAUGAACACACGGAUUUGCAAGAAUAUCUGGGUACAUAUAUAACUGAUGCUAGUGGGAAACUUGUAUUUCAUGAAGGUGUGCUGGUUAGGGCUGUAAGGAAGGGUUAUUGGAUUGUUCUGGACGAGCUAAACUUGGCUCCGUCUGAUGUCCUUGAAGCAUUAAAUCGUUUACUGGAUGACAACAGAGAGCUUUUUGUGCCUGAGUUGCAAGAAACAAUUCUAGCACAUGACAAUUUUAUGCUUUUUGCUACUCAGAAUCCGCCUACUAUCUACGGAGGCCGAAAAAUGCUUUCUCGUGCAUUUAGGAAUCGGUUUGUAGAGAUCCAUGUGGACGACAUUCUGGAAGAUGAGUUGAGUACAAUAAUAGAGAAAAGGUGUAGGAUACCAGGAAGUUAUGCUAAGAAAAUGGUUGAUGUCAUGAAGGAGUUGCAAUUGAACAGGCAGAGAAGCAAAGUAUUUGCUGGGAAGCAUGGGUACAUAACUCCACGUGACUUGUUUCGUUGGGCUGAUCGUUUUACGAAACUUGGUGGUAGUUCUCCUGAUGAUCUCGCCAGAGAUGGUUAUUAUCUUUUGGCAGAGAGGCUCCGAGAAGAAGGCGAGAAAUCUGUUGUCCGAGAAGUUUUGGAGAAACAUCUCCGUGUUAAAUUAGUUGAAAAUGAUUUAUAUAAGGUAUUCUCGUGUGAUUCUUUUCAAUGCAGUAUCACUUGGACUAAAAGUAUGCAGAGGUUGUAUUUUCUUGUGGAGCGUUGCCAUAGCGCAAAGGAGCCUGUACUUCUUGUUGGUGAAACAGGGGGAGGGAAGACAACUGUGUGCCAAUUACUGAGUUCUCGUUUGAAGUCAAAAUUACAUAUUUUGAAUUGCCACCAGUACACGGAAACCUCUGAUUUUCUUGGGGGGUUUUAUCCUGUUCGAGAGAGGUCGACGUUGAUGUCAGAAUUUGAGGAAAAAAUUAACGAAAUGAAAGCAUUGAUCAAACUGGAUCCUUUUUACUCCAGUAACCCAGAUUCUACAAUUUCUUCGGACAUAGGUCAAGCCUCUUCAACUUUGACUGUGCUGCAAGAAAUGAUCAAAAAGUACAAACAAGAUUUAAUUCCACGAACUGGUCUCUCCCAUGAAAAUAUGAUAAAGGAUCUAGAAAUCGUAAUAAAUAAGCUUUAUGAGCUGCAUCAGAAGUGGCAGACUAUUUUCAUGUGGCAAGAUGGGCCUCUUGUUCAUGCGAUGAAGGGUGGGGAUCUCUUUCUAGUGGAUGAGAUCUCGUUGGCUGAUGAUAGUGUAAUCGAAAGAAUGAACAGUGUCCUGGAGACAGAAAGAACAUUGUCUCUGGCUGAAAAGGGAGGCUCAAAGCUGGAGCGGAUAGUUGCUAAUGACGAAUUUCUAUUACUUGCAACGAUGAACCCUGGUGGUGAUUUUGGCAAGAAGGAACUCUCACCAGCUCUUCGUAAUCGGUUUACUGAGAUAUGGGUACCUCCUGUUUGUGAUUUAAAUGAGCUUAGAUGUAUUGCUUUGCAGAGGUUGUCCUCCUCGAAGCUCACAGGCAUUGUGGACCCUAUGCUGAGCUUUUGGGAAUGGUUCAGCCAUUUACAGACAGGAAAAGUUCUCACUGUCAGAGAUCUGCUUUCAUGGGUUGAUUUCGUGAAUGUUACAGAAGGAAAACUAGGAGUCAAGUAUGCUUGUCUUCACGGGCUGUUUCUUGUUUUGCUGGAUGGAUUAAGUUUAGGGACUGGUAUAUCUAAAACUGAGGCUGGGGAACUGAGGAAGCGAUGCUUGUCUUUCAUUUUGGAGAAAAUGAAGGUGGAUGAUGCAAAUGCGGUGUCUUCAAAACUUUCAAGGUUGCAAAAUUAUGGUUGGCCCGAUUUUGAUACAACUGAAGAUGUUUCAAGUGGUGAUGAAGUGCAGUGUGGCAAUAUGUUUUAUCCUUUCGACAUUCAAAAAGGUCCAUUGUCUCCAUCUGCCGAUGUUCAAAAAUCCUUGCAUUUCAAGUUUUUAGCGCCAACUACCCACAGAAACGCACAGCGUGUCCUCCGUGCUAUGCAGCUCCCUAAGCCCGUUCUCCUGGAAGGCAGCCCAGGUGUUGGGAAGACAAGCUUAAUUGUUGCCUUGGGCGAAUAUUUUCAGCACAGAGUUGUACGAAUAAACUUGUCUGAGCAGACUGAUAUAAUGGACUUGUUGGGGUCGGACUUGCCUGUUGAGAGUGAUGAUGGAAUGAAGUUUGCCUGGUCAGAUGGGAUCCUUUUGCAGGCUCUAAAGGAGGGUUGCUGGGUUUUGCUUGAUGAACUGAAUCUUGCUCCACAAUCUGUAUUAGAGGGUUUGAAUGCUAUUCUGGAUCAUCGAGCUGAGGUCUUUAUACCAGAGAUUGGUCGUACAUUCAAGUGUCCACCUUCCUUCAGAAUUUUUGCUUGUCAAAAUCCCACUUAUCAAGGGUGUGGCAGAAAAGGCCUUCCUAAAUCCUUUCUCAACCGUUUUGCCAAGGUUUACGUGGAUGAGUUGGUUGAUGAUGACUAUAAAUUCAUCUGUAGAUCAUGCUUUCCAUCAAUACCUGGGGAUGUACUUGACAAGCUAAUUUCAUUCAAUAAACGGUUGUAUGAGGACACCAUGUUGUAUCAUAAGUUUGCUCAAGAAGGUUCUCCUUGGGAAUUUAAUCUGCGAGAUGUGAUUCGAUCAUGUGAAAUCAUAAAGGGUGCAUCUGACAAGACAAAGGAGUAUUGCUUCCUUAACUUAGUUUAUGUUCAAAGGAUGCGUACAGAAGCUGACCGCAGACAAGUCAUUCAUCUGUAUGAGCAGACGUUUGGGGUGAAGCCAUGUUUAAAUCCUUACCCGCGAGUCCAAGUCGAUCCAAGAUAUUUGAUUGUUGGCAAUACUGCAAUAGAAAGAAAUCGAAUUCAGUCAUCUAAAGUUCAAAGCAGUUCACUAAAAAUUUUGCCUGGAAUUCGUCAAAGUUUGGAAGCUGCAGCACAAUGUAUAGAGCAUCAAUGGUUGUGUAUUUUAGUUGGUCCAGCAUCAUCUGGUAAGACUUCAUUAAUUAGGUUACUGGCAGAGCUCACUGGCAAUGUACUAAAUGAAUUACAUCUUUCAUCUGGUACGGAUAUAUCUGAAAUACUCGGAUGCUUUGAGCAAUUCAAUGCUAUCCGGAACUUUCGCUCUGUUGUUGCUCAAAUGCAGUGCUAUAUUAAUGAAUAUUGUUAUUCAAAGAGAGAUUUUGCAAGUGAAAGUUUUAUCACCAAAUGGUUUGCUUUUUCAUCUAGCAUAAACGAUGAUUUUCUCUCAUGUUUUACUUCUCGGAACAUUGAAGCUAGGAAGAGAUUUAUCACUUCUCUUACUCUGUUAAAGGAGAUCAUAGGACAACUCGAGUUGAUUUUGGAGAGAAAUAAAACUGCCCUAUCUUGGUCAGACGAAGAACUUGAUAGAGCCAAGAGGACAAUUGAUAGAGCCACGAGAACAAUUGACAAGUUGCUAGAAGGCCAUAAGAAAGGGUCAUUUUCAGCAAAAUUUGAAUGGGUUGCAGGAUUACUAGUUAACGCUGUUGAGCGUGGGGAGUGGAUUGUACUAGAGAAUGCAAAUUGUUGUAAUCCCACAGUUCUUGAUAGGAUUAACUCUUUGGUGGAGCCGUCAGGAUCAAUUACAUUAAAUGAGUGUGGUAUUGUUGAUGGAAAGCCAGUUAUUCUCCAUCCACACCCUAACUUCCGCAUGUUCCUCACUGUUAAUCCUAGUUAUGGUGAAGUGUCCCGAGCAAUGCGAAAUAGAGGAGUUGAAAUAUUUUUGAUGCAGCCAUGUUGGCUGCCGGACGAGUCUAGUGGAUUCACGUGUGAUGAAUUUGAACUGAAAGAUGUCAACAGAUUUCUUAUUCUGUCAGGUAUUCCCACUGAUAGCAUGGUGCAAGCAAUGUCCAGAGCGCAUGUUUAUGCUAGAAAGGAAUGCCUGCAUUUUAAUGUUUCAAUAACGUAUCUUGAACUUUCUCGCUGGGUUCAGUUGUUUCAGCAACUUAUUAUGAAUGGUAAUCAGCCUAUCUGGAGCCUUCAAACAAGUUGGGAGCACAUAUAUCUUUCAUCAUUUGGUGAGGCGGAUGGAGGAAGUAUUGUUAGCCAUGCAAAAGAUGCUUAUCUAUCGGUUACUGGAUUGUUUGAAUCUUGCAUGUUACUGGCAUCAUCUUUGUGUUUGCCUGGAGGAUGGCCAAAGCCACUGAAAUUGAGGGAUUUUGUGUUAUACUCGAGAGAGUGUACUGUAAAACAGAACUGCAUGUAUCUUGACUACUUGGUGGCUCAGUGCGCAUCAUAUGGAUUGAGAGGGAAAAGAUGCAAUAUACACCCAAACUCAGCUGCUAGUGAAAAUAUAGAACCUUGCUUGAUGGAUGUGAAGAUGUUAUGUCAAUAUAUGUUCCCUAGCGAUCCAAAGUUACCGACUUCAAACUUCUGGGAGAGUUUUGACUUUGAAGUGGCUAAAAAGAAGUUAUUAUUUGCUGCCAGCUGGACAAUUGAACAGGCCCCUGAGACUGACCUUAGGCUUUAUCUUCUAUGGUUUAACAACUUUAGUCCUAAGUUCCAACUCUUAUCUCAGUUCUCUGAUUUAAUUGAAAAGAUUAUGGACCAUCCUAUUUGGAAGGAUAUGACUCGCCGCUACAAUGAGCUGUUGGCAAAGCUAGAUGAUUCUAAGAAGCUUCCAAUACCAAUGCUAUCAAUCGAGUUGGUUGAUGAGAUCUUUACAGACGAUGAAAAGAAAAAGUUACUUUGUAAUGCUAUUAACUGCGUGCAUCCUUUGAAGCUUACUUAUAAACAGUGGGAUGAUGAGAUUGAACAUGCUGAGAAUAACAAGGAAGUCCCUUUCAAAGACAUGUUAAGAUCUCUGCAGAUGUUGGAGGAGGACUUCCUUAAGAAACUUGUUUAUCCACCUGUCAAUCUCAUAGAGUCUCCAUUAUUUCAUGCAAACCUUGAAACAUAUGUAAAUAUUCUAGAAGACCACAUACUAUUUUGGAAUGGAAUAAAGAAUCCAAAAGAAGAUUUGGAACGGUUGCUAAUACCUUGGCGUUCGUUGCUGAAGAAUGCUGCAAAAUUAAAGCAUAUCUGUCCAGAAGCUGUUCAUCAUCUGCUGGAGGAGAGCAAGAAGAAUGUGGAGAAGGUUUUUACUUGGCGUUUACAUUCAGAGAAGUCCUUGCUGUGGGCUUAUGGUGGUCAUCCUGUUUUACCUUCAUCUGCUGAUUUAUUUUAUAAGCAGCUUCAGCUUUUGAACUUUUGUGAGUUGCUUUGGCCAACAAAGACGAAGUCAAUGAUAUGCAAUAAGGAAAAGGCAGAAUCAGAAAACCCUGAUUGUCUGAUUGAAAUCGUUGCGUCAUCCCAUCCCAGACUUCGCAUCCUGGCAGUGGAAGGUAUUUCCAAGUUGCCAAGUAUUACGAAUGAAGUGAAUGCUUCUCAGCAGUUGAAUGAAAUUUAUGAGGAGUUUAAGAAAUGCUUUGAACUCGCAAAAUAUAAUUGCAAGAAGAUUUUUCAGCAUAAUAAGCUUGAAGUUUCGGACGAGCAUUAUCCUGCCUUUUGUUCUUACACUGCUGAGAUAUUGUGCCGUAAAUCCGGUUUUUAUAGUUGGCAAGAUACACUUCCUUUGAUUGACAUAACAAGCUUCUACUUGGAUAUGGAGUUGCUUCAGGAGCUAUCAUGUGCUCUUUUGGUUGAUUCUCCAAAAUUAAACCUGGAAUUGACUAGAAUAUCCAAACAUCUGGAGGCCGCAUUGAGGUUUUCAUUGGUCUGCUCAUCUAGACCCCCACAAAUGUUUUCGCCACAUAAAAAACUUUUGUGGAUACUUGGUGCAUGGACGUCAGUAGAUUCAGUGAAUGCUAAAGUUGCCAAUUUUGUGCUUGAGAUGUGGUUUACUUGGCAUCAAUCUUUAUGGAUUUAUCACCCUGUUUCUGUCCAGGAUUCAAGUGAAAUCUCUCAGCAGGAUUCUGUUACCAAAUCGGGAGCUGAUUCUUAUGAUAUUCCGGUACCUGAUAUGCUUUUGCAUCCUGUAAUGAUGAAUACAGUCUACCAGAUAUUGCAAAGUCCCACACCUGUGAAGGAAUAUCUUGAGGGCUCCUUGAAGCUGAAAGUAGCUUCGUGUAAUCUCUGGCGUAGCCUUUCACCUGGAUCAAAAUUACCUGGUUUUCUUUCAUCUGCUGCUUGGUGUCUUUUUGGGCAGAUUAUAAAUGCACACCAGAAAGCUUUUGAAGCUGAUAAGUUUGAAGAUAUCAAGUCUAUUGUUCAUAAACUAUCAACAAAUAUGAUUGAGAAAGAAAGCUUUAAUAGGAAGUUUGAGGAGAUAAGAUCCGGUAUUUUGUCUUCAAGUCAUCAAGGUUUGAAAACAUCAAUGGAUAUGCAUAUCACACCACUGCUCCGGGAGCUAUGUCAUGACUGCGCAUCCACUGACUGCAUUCCUAAUAUUGGCCGUGCUUGGUUGCACCUUGGGGCAUUGCGCUUGAACCUUUUGCUUAGCUGUGAUGAUCUGGAUCCAGCCAUGAAAUACCAUUACAAGAAUUCACAGUUAGCUGAUAAGAUAUCCUCACUUAAACUUGAAAUUCAGGUGCGACAAGAAUGCAACUAUUUGGCGGGACAGCUUUCUACAAGAGAAGAUGAUAAGAAAGAAGCCUUGGAAAAGCUUGAAGCAAAAAGGAGAAGACUGCAAAGAAAGAUUGUGUUCCGCUCCGACUAUGGGAAAUUUAAGAACUUAAAACAUGAGUGUGAAGAGUUUCUAGAGCGUGUCACACAGUUGAAGUUUUUAUGGACUGAGAUCGAAGCCAUGGACUUAAAGAAGAUCUGUGACGACUGGCAGAAAACAGCAACACGUUUCAUCGAACAAUUAUCAAUCAACUAUCUCGAGUACAUUGACUUUGUUCAACCAGUUCAGGUUGCUGUGUAUGAAUUGAAAUUGGGCUUCUCCUUGUUGAGUAGAGUUGAGAAAAACAAAAUGGAUGUGGAACCACUUUAUACAUUUAUGAGGUUUCCUUCAACAUCUCCAUUGAAAACCAAAUCUAUCAAGUUGAAAAGCGAGCAGCCUGGGUUUCCACCUUAUGAACUAGAAAUCUAUGCAGACUUUUGUGUUGAAGAUGUUGACGUUCCACAUAAGUUGGACAUGUUGUACAGCAAGCAGCCCGAGGUCUCUCGUUCACAGCUUAAAGCUUAUCUGCAUCAGAGUAAACUUUUCCGUACUGCACAUUCAGUAUCUAAUGUGCACAUCAUGGAUUCUGUAUCUUUUCUGAUCUCGCACAAGUCCUUCAUGAUAUUUUCAGAUUUUUGGAAGAAUAUGAAGGAGAAUCAAGUAAAGAUGAGAGAAGAUGAUUCUCAGCAAUACAAGUUCAGGAGUCGUGAAUUUAAGAUUGAGAAUGUUAUUGAGCUUGACAUAUCAACUCUUGGCAAGUCAUUAGCAAAUGAAAGUUUUCUGGAAUGGAAGGAAUUGGUUUUGGAAGAUGAACAAAGGGAGGAUGCUUGUAAGGAACAAGAUCAUUCAGAGGAAGACUGGAAUCUUAUAGAUGAUUCAGUUUUGAACAGUGUAGUACAUAUUCACGAUCACUUAUUUGGGUUAAAUAGCUCCAUUAUAACUCAGGGUGCUUUCCAAAUCUCCGAUGAAGACCGUUUCUUUUCCUUCAUUGGCUCAUACACUUUUGGAACAAUGAUAAUUAGAGGUCUAGCGGGUUCAUUCUUGUCCAAUUUGGAUGCCCGUUUGGCACCGGAGCACUUGUUCCGUCUUUGUUUGGAGCAUGAUAAGAAAUUUGUCUCAUCUCACAAGUCAGCACGCAGAUAUAAUUUUUACAAGGAUUCAAAUGCUUUGGAGAUAUCUAAGAUGGCAAAACUACUUAAUCCUCUUGAACAGCGAGUUCGUUCCCUUCUAGAUGAAUGGGAAAAUGAUCAUGCACUUCAAAAGCUCUUAAAUGUCAUUGAAAUGCUCUUGAAUAUUCCAUUGAGCACGCCACUAGCUAAGGUUCUCUCAGGAUUGCAAUUUCUAGUUAAUAAUAUACGGAUACUACAAGAAAAUGGCUCAAAAAUCCCUAUCUCUGAUCAACUGGACGAUAUUCUUGUUCUGGUGGUUUCGUGGCAAAAGUUGGAGUUUGAGUCAUGGCCGGUCUUACUUGAUGAGGUGCAGCAACAGUAUGAUAUUAAUGCUGGAAAGUUGUGGUUUCCUCUUUAUCCAAUUCUUCUAGGGAAAAGUUGGUCUGGAACGAGCAAUAGUAUCCAAAGUUUCGAAGAUUUUAUCCAAAGUUCCAGCAUUGGUGAAUUUAGAAGACGCCUUCAACUUCUUUUUGCUUUCCUUGGUCAAAUACAUAUUUGUCAUUGCCUGAAAUUUGAUCCACGUUGGUGUGAGAAGGAAAAUAUGGAUUUGAGCUGCUAUGAGGAGGAAAAGAUGAAGAUUUUAUUCAACGUUAUUGGGUUUUAUGUGCAAUUCUUACCACGUAUUUUGGAGCACAUAGAAGAUAGCAGAAAAAAGAUUGAGCAGGAACUGAAGGAACUUCUGAAAUUAUGUUCAUGGGAGCGCCUAGAGAGUUUUCUGUCCAUCGAGAACUCGAAGAGGACCAGACAGAAGUUCAAGAAGCUCAUACAGAAGUACAACGAUUUGCUGCAGCAGCCUGCAAUGCUUUUUCUUAACCAAGAUGCUGAACUGAAAAAAACAAUUCAAUCUAAGGAUGGUCAGAAGUUCCUUGGUGAUUGUACGGAAAGAAAUUCAAGGAUGGUUGAUGCUUCUUCUGAUCUGACCCUGCGCGAUUACAAAGACAGGUUUGAAUGGUAUGCUGAGUGGAGGAAGAACGUGGAGGGUGCUAUUAGAAGUUUAAAACUAAAUAAAAAUCCUAACUUCAGUGCUCUACAUUCACUGUCCAAAGGUAUGAUUAGACAAUGCUUGUACAAGGACGAGUGGAAUGCUGUAUGGUUCCGACUUGAGAGAAUAUUUAGAACCGUUGUGGAUUGUGGUGACCUCUGGAAGGAAGAAAACAAGAGUCAGCAAAAGAGAAGGGCUUUGUCUGAACUUUUGAAGUUGUUAGAGAGCAGUGGGUUGUCUAGGCAUAAGGCCGUAUACAUAGAGGAUCAAGUUAAGUCUUGGUGGUUCCUCGAGCCCUCACAUGAGUUACAGCAUUUGCUGCCGGCUCAAAACAGACUGACAUAUGGAGCUUCUAAUGCUGCUGUCGCUUUGAGCAAACCUGAAAGUUCACCUCUUAAUUAUUUGUCUUCUGAGUGGAAAACAGCUACUGAGUACUACUUCAGGACCAUAGCAUCUGUGCUGCUUCUGCGGCAGAUUUGCCUGAAUUCUCACAAAGAUAUUACUCUUGAACAGGUUGAGAGGUCAUGUUCGUUUAUCUACCAGCUUAUUGAAAUACAACAGAAGCAGCAUGCUGCUUCUGUGGUUUUCGCUGAGCAUCUGAAGUGCUUUAAGGAACACAUUUCUAUUUUGAAGAACUUGCAUUCAAAUUGCACCAGUUCAGAUGAUGGAAGUCACAGCAUGUUUGAUAUUGUUAGAAAUGAAGAUGCCAUCUUCAAGUGCAUGUGGCAGCAAAAACUACUAUUUGAUAGUUUGUGUUCUAUUUCACACGAUGAAUUGUUGUUGCUGAGAACAUUUGAGCGCAACCAUUCAGAAACUUGUGAAAAUGUCAAAGCUUCAUCACAUGAGAUCCUUGAAUUCGUUGAGAAAUUCUUUCCUAUCUUUCAGAACUCGAAGGAAUUGCUGGAUAAUAAUCUUCUUGGCGGAGAUAGAGAUAUAACUAUAGUGCCUGCUUCUCCAUAUCUUUUUGUUGUUUCAAGACAAAUGGAAGCAUUGGUGUCUCAAAACUUCCAGAUUAUAGAGGAUUUUAAGAAACAUCUUGAUGGCCUGAUUGUCAGUAAUGGGGUUAGAAGUUCAGUUAAAGAGACUUUGCUCGGUCAUUUUAAGGCAGUAUUUGAUAAGAAAAAAUUAGUGGAAGAUGAGUUCAUUUCAGAAACACUUGUGAAAAAUGUGUCACUUCGUACUCUUAAUAAGGGCUUUUCUGAACUCGAUGAUAAAUUUCUUCCCGCCCUCAAAAGGACAAUUGAGCGUAUUAAGCAGGCAAUGCAAAUUUUAUGUUCACCACCCAAUGGACAAAGCGUACCAGAUGAGUCAGGGGGGAGCAUUACCUCUUGGAGUGUCAUCUUUGAUUCAUUGGUGAAAAACUUGUGCUUGGAACAUUUAUGCAUUGAGCUUCUGGAAGUGAUAUUUUGUGCUAAGGAACUUCUUAAAGAUUCCGCGGAUAAGUUUCAGAGUUUGGCUGUCCAAAUUGGAUCUCAUUUAAAGAAUCUACUGGUGUUUUUGGACAUGCUGUCGAAUUUUGGUGAUGCACUCCUGCAAGAACAUUUAGACAUGCAUAAAACAGUUUCUAUGAUGACUCGUGUGCUCGCAGAUGUUCUGGCUUCUCUAUAUUCAAGAGGGUUUGGCAUCUCCUCUGAAGAUCAAGUCAGUAACGGUACGCAGGAUGCACCUCAAGAUGCAAGUGGAACCGGGAUGGGAGAGGGUGUAGGACUAAAGGAUGUCAGUGAUCAGAUAACUGAUGAAGAUCAGCUUCUUGGGGCAUCUGAUAAGCUUGAAGAAGAACAAGGUGCCUCUGGUGAAGCCCCAAAUAAGCAUGAUAAAGGUAUUGAGAUGGAUCAGGAUUUUGAUGCCGAUACAUUUGAUGUCAGUGAGGACUCUGAAGAAGAUAUGGAUGAAGAUGGCGAGGAUGAGCAUUUAGAUUCUGCUAUGGGAGAAACUGGAGCUGAUGGUGAAGUAGUUAAUGAGAAACUAUGGAAUAAGGAUGAAGAUGAAAGUCCAAAUGACGCACCUGAAAAAUAUGAAUCUGGGCCUUCAGUUAAGGAUACAGAAGCAAGCUCUAGGGAGCUCAGAGCGAAGGAUGAUUCUGCUUUUACAGCUGAUGAACCAGGUGAGUUCAACUCUCAAGAAGUUGAUAAAUCAGAUGGUGAGACUGGAGAACAGGAUGAUGUUUGUGAUGAUGGUGAGAACAUAGAAGACGUUAACUUGGACAAAGAAGAAGCAUUUGCAGAUUCUACAGAUAUGAAGCCUGAUGAUGUGGAGCGAAGUUUUGAAGAAGAUAUGGACUUGGAUAAAGAAGAGGGUAUAGAUUCCGUUGAAGAAGCUGAAGGUGAAUUGCAGGAUGAGGCUGCUGAUUAUCGAAACUCGGAUGAAGAGAACCCACAUCCAACAGACGAAACCAUGGAAGAGGUGGAGACUGGGCAGUUGGAUCCAACUUCUGAAAGGGAUGAAUUAGGUGGGGAUCAAGAGCAGAAUGCUGAAACAAACUUAAUGGGAUCAAGGAGAGAAAUGUUGGGACUGGGGACGUCAGACUCCUUUGGUGGUGAUUCUGUGCCCAAUUCGGAAUCUUCAACACAACCCAAGAGUGAUUUGCAAGCCUCGGAUUUAAGUAAUAUAGCACCAGAAAUGAACUGGUCAAACAACGACGAUACCCAUAGUGGCCUUGCUCCUCUCAGAGGUUUACCAUCCGGCAAUACCUCUGAGCUGGACAGAAUGGUGUCUGAGUCAAUGAAUAGUGGGAGAAAUAGUAGUGACCAACCACAAAGUCAAUUACCUGGGCAUGAAUCUGUCCAGAAAAACGAACCAAAUCCUCAUCGCAGUCGUGGUGAUCCGCUAAAGGAGUGGAGAGGAGUGAAAGUUGGCGUUGAUCUCAAGGCAGAUGACACAGACGCUCAAGGUGAUAUCCAGGAUGAAAAUGCAGAUGAGUUUGGAUAUGUAUCUGAGUUUGAAAAGGGGACAUCUCAAGCUUUGGGACCUGCAACAUCUGAGCAGGUUGACAGUAAUGUUAAUGGAAACAAGGCCAAUGGAACUGAACCAACCACUGAUAGAGAUGAUGUUACAGAAAUGGAAAUUGAGAAAGAGACUUCUGAAAGGCACCCUCUAAAGAAUGGUGCUUCGUUUCUCAAAAGUAAGUUCAAGGACAAAAUGCCUGUCCCGGAUUUGGAGAACAAUCCUAGAGAAGAAUCCAAAGAAAUUCAAGGGCAUGGUGACUUCAAAGGUUUAUCAGAUGGUAUUGUUUCCAUCAGAAAGUCUUAUUUCAGUGAAGGUGUAAAUCAGCUUGGUAAGCUUUCAAUAAAUGACAGUGAGUUGGGGAAACCCCAGGAUAAUUGGGAUAUUUCAACCGAGGCUUUAAAUGACUCCACUGCUCUAUGGAGAAGAUGUGAGUUGAGCACAACAAGGUUAUCUCAGGAGCUGGCCGAGCAGUUGCGUCUUGUUAUGGAGCCUACAGUAGCGAGCAAGCUUCAAGGCGAUUACAAGACUGGCAAACGAAUUAACAUGAAGAAGGUUAUCCCAUACAUAGCAAGUCAUUUUAGGAGAGACAAAAUAUGGCUUAGAAGGACUCGACUGAACAAACGAGACUACCAAGUUGUCAUUGCUGUGGAUGAUUCCCGUAGCAUGUCUGAGAGUUGCUGCGGGAAUGUUGCUAUUGAAGCUUUGGUGGCAGUAUGUCGCGCCAUGUCUCAAUUGGAAAUGGGAAAUCUAGCUGUUACAAGCUUUGGAAAGAAGGGCAAUAUAAGGCUGCUUCAUGAUUUUGAUCAGCCCUUCACUGCAGAGACUGGGGUCAAGAUGGUCUCUAGUUUCACUUUCGAGCAAGAGAACACCAUUGCUGAUGAACCAGUUGUUGAUCUGUUGAAGUAUCUAAACAACAAGCUGGAUGCAGCGGUUGCAAAAGCAAGGCUCCCGUCUGGACAGAACCCACUAGAGCAGCUUGUGUUGAUAAUUGCGGAUGGUCGUUUCCAUGAGAAGGAGAACUUGAAGCGUUGUGUCAGAGAUUUCUUGAGUAGAAAGCGCAUGGUUGCGUUUUUGCUACUCGACAGUCCCCAGGAGUCCAUUGUGGAUCUCAUGGAAGCGUCUUUUGAGGGCGGAAGCAUCAAAUUUUCCAUGUACCUGGAUUCCUUUCCUUUUCCAUUCUAUAUUGUUCUAAGAAAUAUUGAGGCACUUCCCAAAACCCUUGCUGAUUUAUUAAGACAGUGGUUUGAGUUAAUGCAGUACUCAAGGGAGUAAAUCUGGCUGAAAAUAUUGAUGAAAAUUGCCUUUUCUCUUCACCUAAUGAACGUAUAUGCGCAAGUUUUGGGUUCUUAAUUUUGGAUUUUGUUUAUUUAAGUUGAAGCCAAUUAGAUUUCAUUCUUUACUAUUUAUCAUGAACAGUCCUUGUAUAUGUCAGGGG